AUGGUAAUGAUAGAAAGGAUGAAUGGUAGAUCACAAUCUGGUUCUGACUGGAUAAUGGAAAUUAAGGGAAAGGUUGAAAAUCCUGUGAGAAAGAAAAGGAAAAACAAAAAACCAAAGAAAAGGGAAUACAAUGGAUGGGGAUCAACUUCCCUUAUUAAGUUUCUCAAAUCCAUUGGUAGAGAUACAAGCAACAAGAUAAGUCAAAGUGAUGUCACUGAAAUUAUAAAUGAUUAUGUUAUGCAGAAUAACCUUUUAAAUCCUGCAAAAAAGAAAAGAAUUCUGUGUGAUGAUAGGCUCCAGAUGUUGUUUAGAAAGAAGAGCAUUGGCCGGUUUAUGAUUAGUGGCUUGCUCGAGUCACACUUUCUAGAGAACUGUGGACAAUCUGAUGAUGAACUUCUGUUUGACUCAGAAGAUGAUGAGUAUGCAUGUGAAAUCCCCAAACCAGCGCCUUCGGAGAGGAAGAGUCAACCGAGGAAACAUGUUGUGGAAAAACCAAGAAGCUGUUUUGCCGCUAUCAAUCCUUCCAACAUCAAGCUUGUUUAUUUAAAGAGGAGUCUAGUUGAGGAACUUUUAAAGGACCUUGAAACUUUUGAGACCAAAGUACUUAGAAGCUUCAUAAGAAUCAAGUGUGACCCAAAUGACUACCUUCAGAAAAACUCACACCAGCUUCUGCAAAUAACAGGUAUAAAGAAGAGCUCAGGAGUGGAUGGGGAAAUUCGCUUGCAAGCUUCUGGUUUCAUUAAAGACAUCAACAUUAAUAUGCUAUCGGAUGAUAAUUUCUCUGAGGCGGAGUGUGAGGAUUUGCAUAGAAGAGUAAAAGACGGCUUACUCAAAAGACCGUUGAUUGUGGAUUUGGAGGAAAAGGUUAGAGUGUUGCAUGAGGAUGUAACUAAACAUUGGCUUGCAAAAGAACUCACCAUAUUGCAGAAUCUUAUUGACCGAGCAAAUGAAAAGGGUUGGCGAAGAGAAUUGGAAGGGUACUUACAAAGAAGGGACAAGCUUAAGAAUCCGGAGGAGCGUGAACGAUUAUUGCGUGAAAUUCCUGGAGUUAUUGCAGAAGAUCUAGAAUCAGAAUCUACAACACCAGAUGUUCCAGUUAAGAAACUCAAAACCAGUUUUCAAGAGUUUUCAGAGACUACCUGUGCAAAAGCAUCAUUAGCGACUGAGGUCCCAAAGGCAGUUGCAGAUGAUUCUCCAGAUGAGUUUUCAGACGAAGAAAAAUGGUUAUUCCAUGGGAUUCCCCAAGUUACUACAGGUUAUCAAGACUUUUCAGAAUCCAAAACACUAGAAGUUCCAGAACAGAAGGCAGAAAAUGAUAUGCAAGGUUUUCGGGAAGCUACUUGUACAAAAGAGUCUUUAGCGACCGAAGUUUCAAAACCGGUUGCUAAUGGUUUUGCAUGCAGGGCUACAAAUCUGUAUCUUGCAGAUCAAACAGAACAAGAAAAUGAGUCACCAAAGUCGAUUCUCAAUCUUAGUGGACCAUCAGAAGUUCCUCUUUUCAACAUGGAAAUUAAUAGCACUGCAUUGAAUUGCAUUUCUCGUGACACUUCUGCAGUAAACCAAUGGGCUAGCGUGCCUGUUCAACAGCAACCAGCAAAACCAACAAACUUCGCAUAUAAGGAUGGUGUAUCAAUGCCGGCCAAAUCAAAUGGAGUUAAGAUUGGAGAUAAGAUCUCUCAAGCACCAACAGACAAUCAGGUACGGCCAGCUAACAUUCAAAUUAUAGAACUGAGCGACGAUGACGAUGACGAGGAAAAUGAAAAACCAAGCACCAUAAAACCUAUUUAUGAAAAACCAAGCACCGGAAAACCAGUUCCUGCACCAGUUCCAGCUGAGGAGUUACAAUCCUUGAUCUGGCAUUACAGAGAUCCUCAGGGACGGGUGCAAGGACCUUUCUCCAUAGUUGCUCUAAAAGGUUGGAGGGAUGCUCACUACUUUACUCCAGACUUCAAGAUUUGGAGGGCAGACCAAGGCCAAGACCAAAGUGUACUAUUGAGGAAUAUUCUUCCCAAGUUUUUUCCCUUUGGAUAA